GAAGGCUAGAAGGCUUCAGAGGAGACGUAAAAAUCAAAAGCAAGAAGGAGAGUGAGGAACAGGGACACGAGGACUGAACGUAAGGACUGAAGUUCUAGACAGUACUGGCUCUGGUGUUACGUCUUUGGAUUAUGAAAAUGCACAAAGAAGAAAGUUACUCUGUUCUCGACUGCUCUGGACUGGUGUGGACAUAAUCUGUCACAAUUAGCUGCUUUGAGUUUUAGUCUGAAACUUUUUAGUAGUUCACCUGAAACUCCACAUGCCCAACAAGCUUCCAACCUGCUCAAAUGCAUCUAACUGAGGAUUGUAACUUUCUCCUGCUGGAUUCAUGAGCCAGAUGACCCACUACAACGCAGUCCACAUUAUCUACAAAGCAAAGGUGAAGAGCGUGUGCGUUUUUGUGCUCCUGUAUCUUCCCCUCUCCAUGAUGGACAUCCCUGGACCCUGUAGGCACUCCAUAACCAAAGAUCACCUGCUUCAAAUAAAACAUUUGAUCAAUAACCAGCUGUGGAAUGGAUGUUCAAUAACCUACAGAUUCACAGAGAGGAAAAAUCUGAGUGCAGUGUGUUAUGUGAAGGCAGCAUUACCACGUGUGUUGGACUUGUUGAGUGGUCACUUCAAAUAUCCACGAGGCUCAGACAGCGCUCUCUCAGUCCUCUCUCUACAGAACCUUAUCCUCAACAUCUACUCACAGCACUGCGUGCCUGCCCUCAACGAGGAACUCGAGGAGGACCCAGCAGGAUUUGAGAAACAGUUUACUGAUUCUCCUGUGCGAGCCCUGCAGAGAGCUGAAGAGGUGCUCACUGUCUACCAACAGCUCAUCACACACACGCACACGUUCGUGGACUGGAGUUGUGAAACAGAGUACAGCAGUUACACAGCUUUGACCAUUACAGAGCUGCCCACCAGCACAGAGGCUGCUCUAGGACUGCUGGGACAGAUUCACCAGGGCUCCUCUGACGAGGGCUUCUACAGACUGGGCUUCAUAGUGUUAUCCAUAGUGAGUGGGGGGCUUUUCCUCAUUCUCACGAUUUACUGCGUCAUGGAUAGAAAGAAACUUCAAGCUCAAGUUCAAAGACCAACUCUGGAUUUAGACAGGGCAGAUGUCCAUCCACAGAGUGAGGGACUGUAUCCUCUCAGCAGUCAUUCAUCUAAUGGAUCUGAAGUCUGACUUCUAGCAAGAGAUGCCCAUCUGGUGAACAGUCUACGGGUUUUCACAUCUGGUGAACAGUCAUUCUUUGCAUAUACAUCAAGAAGAUUACAUGUUAAUGGACACUGUAUAUAUGUAAAUACACAGUGCACUGUACAUGUAUUUAUGAAUAUUACUCAAAACAGUUAAAGCGUUUUAAGAAUAAUGCAACCUCGAUGAUGUAUGAUACUGAAAUUCAGAAGCUUAAAAUGUCUCCUUUCAUGAUCAUGCAGACUGGAGUGCAGUUAUCUGUCUCAGAUGUUUAUAAAACAUUAUUGUUAAUAUUACAUUAUAGCAUUAUGUCAAGAUAUUUGCGCAGAGUCCACAGGCUGUUUGUGUAACAACGGACUCAUCAUAGACAAAAGUGCAUUCUGUUCAAAACACACUAACUUUACUGGGCAAUGUAUUAAGAAAAGUUAACUAUGGAGUUGUGAAGUCUAAUCAUAAAAAGGCACAACCUGGUUUAUGGUCCAGCCACAGAAGGGUAAGCAUUAGCUUCCAAUACAAAAAAUUUAAGUUACUGCACAUCUAUUAAAGUUGCAACUACAUUUUUAAAGCUUGACUAUGACAGCUUUGCUUACAGGCCUUUUGCUGUUUAGUGUCUUUGCCAGUUGGCACAUUCACAGGAAAAGGAUCUGUUUGGGGAAAAUAAUACAUCUGCUUUCAAAUGCAAUCUUUUUAUGAUGCCCAUUUAAAAGAUAACACUCUGUCCCAUAGAUCUGAUUCAGACACAAGGUUAUCAGUUGAUAUGCUUAUGUAAAGGUGCUGACAAGCAUGAGCGCUGGAAACUGGAGACGCUAACCUCCCCUAUGGCAAAGUUCAUGUUUCAGGUUUGCCGUUUUAUUUUCAGCAAUUCCUUCUUUUUGUAAAGUGAGAUACUUUAAGGCAAUCAGUGACCACACCACUCAGUAAAAUUAAGUUUAUUUUACACUGUCCUUGCUUAAGUACUACACAUUAUCUUCCUUAUUUCUAAUUGAAAUGUGCUUCCCCCUAGAAAAUGAGUAUGUGGGUUUAAUUUUCAGCCCACAAUAGGGCACAUUUAGCUUUUGGUUCAGGGUCAAUGAUUAACAACGCUGUAACCAGCCAAGAGAAAUUAAAUCUACGUCUGGCAAGACUCGUAGGAGCCCAUUCUUGAUGGGAACAGUGAAAAAUGCUGACAUUUCUUUCCAAUGGAACACGUGUCUUGCUACACCUAAAAUCCACCCACUACACGCCCUUGAGCUUACCACUAAUGUUAAGUUUUAAUAUAUUACCCCAUAUAACAAGCAUAACAAGUAUAGAUAGGUUGUUAUUACAGUGGUAUAUGAAAAUCCCUAACUCGCUCAUGGAAGGAUUCUAGAAGAUGUCAAAGAGGAAGUCUGCAAGUGAUUAGGGCCAGCUGGUAGGGAUAAAAUGGUAGGCCUUUGACACAUGCUCCAAUGUGAUUUAGCAGAAAAAAAGUGGGAACAAAAAGUAUUUAUGGGCGAUUUGGAACACUGCCACCUCCAAAUACACAUCACAGGAAGGGUCCAGAACCAAGGUAGAGUAAUGCUCUACGGUGAUCUGAUGAGGACCAGAAAAGCAAAACCAUAUUUUAGUCACGAUCAGAGAUUUCAUAACAGCAAAGUGACAGCCCCUGUGUGGCCCCUUCCUCUGAAGAAAGUGGAUAGGGACAUGUGGGCCUCUAAACUCAUAGCCACAGUUCUAAAAGCAAGGAAAAACAGUGGAAAGCAUAGAGAAGCAGAUUUCUACCAUGAUGUUACUACCAUGUCUACCAUCCUGUCACGUUUGCGUAGAACAGAUGACAUACAAUGCAAAACUGACUAAAGUAAAUUUCAUAGCUAAAAUGGUGGUAGUAGCAGUAAUAGCCACACUUUUGUCCAUGUUAUUUUAACUGGUGUAUAUGAGCUUCCAUUACCUGCUACAUACAUAAGCCUUGUAAAACUGAAGGUGCAAACUUUGACAUCAAAAAUAUCUUGACCGUUUGACUAUAUUUUGGGCAAGGAAGAAUGGUCAAUUUUAUCUUUUGCCAAACUACUGCCAUAAACUGACUUAUUUCAAUGAGAACAGAAAGGAUCUGUGUACCACUUGUACCCUGUUAAUGCUUUACAUUUCAUUAUGCAAGAAACAAUAAAACCAAUGAAUCCUCAAA